AUGGAAUUACAACAACAAAUACAAGAAAAUCUGAACAAGAAGAAAAACAAAAUUUAUGGAAAUGUACAAGAAAGAAACAACAUCGAAAAUGAAGAAGAAUUGUUAAAGCAAAAAAAGCUACUAAAAGAAUUUCAAGAACAAAUUGAAUUGAAAAAUAAAAAAAAACAAAUUGAAAAAAAAAAAGAAUUGGAAGAGGAACUAAAAAAUCAAGAAUAUAUUAAACAGAAGGAAGAAAAAAUUAAAAACUUACAAAAAAAAAAACAAGAAAAAUGUCUAGAGAAACAAAGAGUUGUCAACGAAUUGGCACAUAAAGAAUAUCUCAUAAGUAAAGAAAAAGAAACUCUCGACGAGCUCCUAAAUAAAGUGUACAUUGAAGAACACGACUUUAAGGAAAAACAAAAAGAAAUUAAAGAAAAUGAAAAAAAAUUACAACUCAAAAAUGAAAUGCUAAAACAACUCGAAAUUGACAUCCAAUUAAAGGAACAAAAAAGACAAAAGGAAAAAGAAGAUGACGAAAAAAGAAAAAUUGAACUACUUGAAGAAAAAAAAAAAUUAGAUAAAAUUGAUCAAUACACUGAUAAAAAAAGGAAAGAAAAACUAUUACAAUAUAGGAAAGAAAUAUACGACACCUUCCAACAGAAAAAAGACGCAGUCAAAAACGAGCGCUUACAGGAAGAAAUCGAAAAGAACAAACUUCUCGAGGAGCAGAAGGAGUACGAGGAACUCAUAAACAAGGAGAAGAUGAAGCUACUCCAGAAAUACAGCAAAGACAUUUUGGAAAACCUCCCUGAAGAUGUCUACGACAGCUUGAAAAAGAAGAACAUCAUUACGUAG